AUGCUUAUUGCCAACAGCACUGUGUUCAUGCCCUCUAUACUGACAUUCAUUGGAAUCCCUGGUCUGGAACCUGUUCAGUGUUGGAUUGGGAUUCCAUUCUGUGCUAUGUACAUCAUUGCUUUGAUUGGAAAUACUCUACUUCUGAUCAUCAUCAAAGCUGAAAGAAGCCUCCACGAGCCCAUGUACAUCUUCCUGGCCAUGCUAGGAGCCACAGACAUUGCACUUAGCACCAGCAUUGUGCCUAAGAUGCUUGGGAUUUUUUGGUUUCACUUGCCAGAGAUCUAUUUUGAUGCUUGUCUCUUUCAGAUGUGGCUCAUCCACACAUUCCAGGGUAUUGAAUCAGGAGUCUUGCUGGCUAUGGCUCUGGACCGCUAUAUAGCCAUCUGCCAUCCCCUUAGGCAUUCUACCAUAUUCAAUAGUCAAGUCAUCACUCAUAUAGGAAUUGGGAUGACAUUGAGGCCUGCCAUUCUAGUAAUCCCAUGCCUUCUGCUCAUAAAGUGUCGUCUGAAAAUAUACCGAAGCAAGUUAAUAUCACACACUUACUGUGAACACAUGGCUGUUGUGAAGCUUGCUACUGAAGAUGUUUACAUCAAUAAGUUCUAUGGCCUCUUUGGGGCUUUCAUUGUUGGUGGGUUUGACUUCAUUUCAAUCACCCUCUCCUAUAUCCAAAUAUUUAUCACAGUUUCCCACCUGCCCCAAAAAAAGGCUCGUCUUAAGGCAUUUAAUACAUGUAUUCCCCACAUAUGUGUCUUCUUCCAGUUCUAUCUCCUUGCUUUUUUCUCCUUUUUCACUCACAGAUCUGGAUCUCAUAUCCCAUCAUCUAUACAUAUCACUUUGUCCAUUCUGUAUCUACUACUUCCACCUUUUCUAAACCCCUUUGUCUAUGGUGUGAAGACCAAGCAGAUUCGAGAUCAGGUAGUAAAAAUAUUCUAUUCCAAAGACAAAGGUUGA